GACGUAAAUUACAUACUAGGGAUUCCUGCUAAAACAUACUCUACCAUAACCCAUCUUCCAAAAAAGUUACUAUACAAAAUGCCCACCAUCCCAGCCCGAAGCUUCGCCUUCCAACGACUCCACCCCGGCCAAUCAAUCAAAAUCAUAAACACCUCCGGCAGCCAAGUCAUCGACACCUGGGCCUUCACCAUCCCAUCGACAUCCACACCCAACACGGUCCCCAGAUACAUGUCCAUGGCCCACACCCGACCCACCCUACAAAAGCUUCUCCCAUCAAUCAACGAAUCCUUCGUCGACAACAACCGAAGCCCUAUCUUGACCAUCACCGAGGACACAUCCCGGGGCACACACGACGUCCUCUACGCAGCUUGCUCUCCAGAACGAUACCUCGAACUGGGAGGUACCGCGGACCACGAUAACUGUGCCCAGAAUCUUCGCGAUGCUGUGAAGCAAUGUGCUGAGCCGGCGUUCGGACAUGUUUCUGGGUUGCUGGAGAGUGGAUGGACGCCUGAUCCGUUGAAUUUGUUCAUGAAUGUGGAGAUUAGUGGGAAUGGGUUGAGGGUUUUGGAGCCGGAUAGUAGGGUUGGGGAUUUUGUGGUGCUGAGGGCCGAGCAGGAGUGUGUGGUGUUUAUGAGUGCUUGUCCGAUGGAUUUGACGGCUUGUAAUGGGGAGGGGCCGACGAGUGCGGAGUUUGAGGUUGUUUGAGUUGAGGAAAUGCGUGCUUUGAUUGAUGUUGGGCUUCGCGGGCUAUGUUCAUUUUCAGUCAAGGGAUUGGUUAUAGAUGACAUCGGAAAUAAAUAACUUUUCCCUAAUAAUGUUAGGCAUAGAUAGGUAAAAAUUAUAUACAUAAUAUGGCCAAUAGAAUAACCU